AUGGACCCUAAUUUUGAUAACACACUGCAAUCCAGGACGGUAAGCAGUGAUUUUACAAGUAUGGACCUGCAGCCCCAAACUGAUGACCACAUUAAUUCUGGUGCACAGCAGCCGGUUAUUCCAUCUAUCUAUCCGUCUCUUGAGUACUGGUCCUCAAAAUCCUUUCAAAGCCCGACCAGUCAUGAAGUAUUAAGUGUGUCAUCCCUGGUCCCCUCUACAGUCCUCACACUUGUGCCUCAUUAUAAACCUGCAGUAGAAGGAAACUUAGACCCCGAGCUUCCAUCUGUCUCUGAAGUCAAACCGGAGCCACAGCUUCCAGGAACCUCGUCUUCUCCCUCCGGGUCUCCAGAGGCCCGAGAUCAAACGACCCCGACUCUACCGCUGCCUUUAAGUGAUGCUCCUCCUGAAGCUCAGCAGAGGAAACCAUCAGACGGAAGCCCGCUGGAGGAGGGUUCAGUGGGUCUGAUGCUACCCAAAGACUUCUCUGAUGAAUCGCCAGGUAUGAUGAUGGGUGUGGUUUAAUGUGGACGUCAUAUUCAGGCCUGGAGAGGAUGCAGGGUUUCACAUAUUUGUGUGUACUUCCGAUUUUGUCCCUCAGUUACCAGUGGGGGAAAUAUUCCAGGAGUAGUCAUUAGAGCUGCGCAAUUAAUCAAAUUUCAAUCUAAAUUUGGGCUUCCAGUGAUCAUAAAAACAAGAUGGCUGCCUGCCAUGUUGCUCUCCUUUCGUCCUCGUUGGCACAAACUCCCUUCUGGCACAGCAGAGUGUGUGGGCGCUCCGAUCAAUGUGAAGUAAAGUUCAGGGGUUCAAAGAGUUUUCCAAAGAGUUCAAAGUGUACGUCUGUUUCAUUUUAUUUUAUUUAUUGCCCCUAGAUUAAAAUUUAAGAGCAAUAAAUAAUUUCAACUCUGGGGGGACAUUUCAUAUUCGAACUGUAAUGAGCUGUUCAAACUCGUACUGACAGUAUCCCAGCACAUCAGGCCGCCUAAAAGAGCUUUCUAUAUGAUCCAGCAGGGGGCGAUCUCAUCGAACCUGACCAGUCCACGCACUCAUGACCUCAGUAAACUAAUAUAGCUACGCUCACAGAUAUAUACAUAUAUAUAGAAGACUAGAUAUGCCAGUGCAUUGUAGCAGCCCACUAAGCGGGAUGCCUACGUUAGGGUGACCAUGUUCUGACUUCCCAAAAAGAAGAUACGACUACGCGGGGGCGGAGUCACAGAGUCACACUAAGUUAAUUUUUACAGUUUUUCGGGUCCAAUUGAGUGUCUUUUACACGCUUCUAACUCAGUAAAUUCACGUGACACAAACUCAAAACUUCCGUACGAAACCACAGACAUUUGAAGGAUUUUAUAAACUUCCCCAGACAAGGCCGAACAGCCCAGACAGCCCGGACAGCCCCCCAAAAAGAGGACGUAUGGUCACCCUUGCCUAUGUGGUAGCCAUCUUAGCUGGGGCAAUGUUCCCAUUAAAGGCAUAAGAUGUACUUGGAAAAUCGAUCAUAUCUUGUUCAUUUCUCAACCCAUUUUCACACGGUUUACUUUAUUUUCAAUGUCAAAACAUGUGCUAUUAAUACAGAACAUUUGGUACUAUUAAUAAUCAAAUGCUCUGAAUUAAUAGCACAUGUUGUAGCAUUAACAAUAAAGUAAACUGCAUGAAAAAUGAGUAUGAUAUUAUUUAUUAAUAUUGUAUACAUGCAUUACCUUUAAUAGGAGCAAUACCUCCUCUAGCUUAGCCUUACUGUAGGCAUGCAGCUCAAAGAGGCAUGUCAAAUCUACUGUUUAUAUUGAUGGCUACGCUACUGUUUGAAAAUGGACGACACGGUCAAGCAAACCCACACUGAGCUCUUGAAAGAGACUUAAAAAAAAGACAUUAACAAUAAGGUUACAAUAUUAAAACCCUUUCCGUAGUGAAUGAGAGAGCAGAGGGUGAGCCCCCUGGUGGAUCAUUGAGGCAUUACCAACAUAACUCUGAGCAAUCACACUUAAUAGUCUAAAUAACAAUCUAGGUUCUUUUCUCUUCUUUCUCUGGCUGUGUAACUUCUAUAACAAAUACUAGAUCAGAUGAACAACAGAACUGACACCAUCUAUGAUGAAAAGGACUACACUACAAAAGCUGUGUUAAGGGAGAAUUAAAUUAAAUAUGUUAGACAAGUCUGACACACCAGCCUGUGACCUAUAUGUCAGGGAUCAUACUACAAAGUUGAGUUAACGAGGACUACACACACUCAGGCUCUACUUCUGCACAGGUGUAAGACUUCUCCUGUAUGUCAGACUCUACAAAACACAAUGAUUAUUAAAUCUGUCUUCCUCCGAAUCCAAUCAGUAAACCUCUUUUUGCAAGCUUCCCCUGUUAAGUGUCUUUCUGACACGCAUAAAUCAUUGUUACAGCUCCUCCAUUGUGCAUUGUUCUCUCGCCUCUCGUAAUGUGCUUCAUCAUUUGCACAUGCUGCUCUCCCCUCCUUUGAGAGCAGACUUAAACAAUUGCUUCUGCCAACCCACAGAGCCAUCUUUAUUUUCCUGACAUCAACACCCUAACUUCUCUCUAAAGUCCUAGACAGAGUGGCUUCUUAUCAGCGCACAGGCGAGAGAUAUAAUAUAUCAACUCUCAGGAGUUUCUUCAAAAACAUAGAGCGCUGAAGCAGCAGUUUACAACCUCGAGUAUGAAAACCAAUAGACGAGAUAGUGCUGCUGUGUAAUCUAUUUUAUUGCUGCUCAACCUCAACGUGGCCUUUGGUGCUAUUGGUUUCAGUAUAUUUUAAAGGCAGCAAGAAGAUAGAUUACUCUCACUAGGAUAGAUUGGACUGUAUCACAUACAACAAAUAGGAAAAAAUUGAUUAUGGAUUAGCACAGAUGGGUCGCCAAUUCCCCGGAGGUGUAUUCUCAAACCAAUAACAUUAAUUAUCUCCCUCUGGAGAUUCAUGAGUUAUUUUAAAUGUGCUUUUUACCAAUAUGAUGUCAGCAGUGUGGGCAGGUUUAUAAACAUGGCUUUAAGUAAUGAUGUGGGAAAGAUGAGAUGUGGACGUCAUCAUUUUUAAAAUGGAAACUGGCAAAAACUCUUCGAAACAAACCUGCAUGAUGGCAGUUUAAAGGGAUAUUCCGGCGUAAAAUUAAUUUAGGGUCAAACACACUGUAACACUGAGUUAGAUACCUCCUCAAGAGAUGAAUGUUGCCGUCCGCUUGCUUCUCUAGUUGAACCAACUUUAGUAACGGCCGCAGGAUAGCAAUACAGAGAGACACUCGCUCAACCAAAACGCUACUUUAUAGCCACAAAUAAUGCUCAGAACAGCACCUAACUUCAUCAACAGUACAUGUAGGGUCCCAGCCAUAGUACUAGCCACCAAACAUCUUUUUAACUUUGCCUGAUUUUUUUAUCAAAGAGACUAUACACAGCUCACCUACUCUCUUCCAGCAGCCGCUUGUUUGUAGCGAGACCUCGGGCCAGUCCAUUACAGACUACAGCGGGGUGACGCAGCUCAAGGAAGAACAUUUAUGACCAUUACUUUAUCAUUUCCUGGAAGUAAUAAUCACCUGCAUCACCCCGCUGCGAUCCGUAUUAGACUGGCCUGAGGUCGCGCUACAGACUCGCUAUAGAGUGGCGUUUUGGUUGAGGUUUGUUUAUGGCUCCUCAGACCGCUUAGUAUGGCUAUACUGCGCUAUCAUCUCUCGAGGGGGUUUCUAACUCGGUGUUACAGUGUUUUUGACCCUAAAUUAAUUUUACGCUGGAAUAGCCCUUUAAUACUCAUUCCUUCUCACAAAUAGCCUCUCAGCAAACAUAAUCCAUUUAGCAUCUCUUAUCAUUUUUCUGAUUAGGACUCGUUGCUAAUCUUGUUGCAGCUUUAUUGCCAUUUGUAAAAACUAUCUCUUCCUGCUGACUUUGAUAGUCAAAUAUAUCAUUUCUGACACCUACCCUCUCACACUAGUGUCAGGCAUUAAAUUACAACUUUCAAAUUGUGAGUUUUGCCCCCAGAUGGUCCAUUUUGUUUUUGGAUAUCACAAAAAGCAUUCAAUAUGAAAUACAGUCUAUUUUACAAUCUUUAAAAACUCCUUAUUGUAGCUUGAAGGAGUAUGUUUAAUGGGGGAUAACCACAGUUUAUCAUCCUCCUUUUAUACCCCAGAGUUUGUCCCACAUGAUUUAGUCUGGUAUUGUUGUAUAAAAGUAUGAAACACUAUCAAACUACUAAAGGUUAUACGACAAGAAACUUUUAAAGAAAAGAAUAAAUGACCCUCUAGAGUUCAGGAUCGACUUCCCGCUCCUUUCACCACCUCAUCACCAUCAGUCCCCCCCGCUGCUUCUAAACGCUGCCAUGAGGCUUUUUAUCACAGAGUAGUUUCCACAUUCGUCUCAGGUUGUGCACCGCAGGUCGCUGUCAAUCAAGCACAAAAUUAAUUGCAUCAUUUUCUUUCCUUUGAGGCUUUGUAUGCAGCUCAUUCUUUACCUUAUAUUAUAAAUCUAUUGUGUCCCCAGUUUACCCAGGAGCUCUUGAACGCAGCCUUUUGUAUGGUAAAGCUUUUAACUGUUGCACAAAGACCCCCAGGCAGCUUACCCCCUCAUGUCAGACUAACUAACUACGUCGUUUGUUCUCAGAAAGUACUUCAAAUUUAACCUUUCCUAGAGGUUGUUCGCUUGCUCUGUGUCCUUAAUUAGCCUACAAAGAACUAUUAAAAAAUCACUGUUUACUUGCGGUUGAGCUCUAAAAAGGAAACAAACUGGUUUAUGAACAUAAUAAAACAUUUUGCAGAGAGCCAGAUAUUUCACAUGGGAGUUGGAAAAGACCAAAAUUGGAGAUUAAUGAAGUGUAAAGUGUACGAAAGCAUUUAGCAGCACAGCACAAAUGUUUUAGUUAUGUAUCUCUAAUCACUUGAGUGGGUCUCCUAUAAUGAGGCCUCUUUCUUCACUGCCUCCAACAGUGGAUCAGGAUGGACAAAACUAGUCACAUACGCCAUCAUGUUUAAUUCAGUGAGAGAUGAAAUGCACGAGCAGAAAGUGGUUGUGGUGUUCGAAAGAAAUUGUGGUGCACUUAGAAGAAGAGGUGAGCAACGGAGCAUCUCAAUGGAUGGCUUUAAUCUGGAAUCCGGUCACUGGAUAUCGCUAAAUAUUUUCAUGUCUUUUGCACACGACUAAUUUCUACCACGAAUCUAGAUGGCUUGAUAAAGAUGAACUUUUACAGUUAAUUUACAGCAACUGCUUAACUGUUGUUACAGCUAACUAAGUCAAUUGUUGCAUAAAUUACUUAUAUAUACAACCUAAGUAGAUUAUCGAGUAAAACUCAGCUAAUCCAAGUGAAAAGAAGUUUUAUUCCCCUAAACUCGGUAACUACUGUUUUUUCAUGUAUGAAUGAUGCUUUCUGUAUGAUCAAAUAUACAUUAUUGUAAAAAAUAGAAUAAAGUAAAAACACUUUAGUGCUGCUGCUGAUGUAGGCCUAUGAUUCUUACUGACGAUAUGUCAAAGCUCUGCUACUGUUAUGUGCCUCCUGCUGUGCAAUGUGCACUGAGCAUCCAAAGUGCAGGUAGUUGUGGGGCAAAACAAUGUCGCAAAAAAGGACAUAUCCUUCAGGAGCAGAGAAAAGAAAGAAGGAGAAAGAAAAGAAGAGAAAAAACGCUAAGAUAAAGGUAUGUUUGCAUGUCAUGGAAUGUUAAUCAAAGAGAUUUGUGAAGGUGUGUGAAUGAUCAACAAUCAAUAUUAUUAGCAGAAAUAGAGGGCUCCAAAAUCAAUUUUUGCUUAGGGCCCCAUUGAGGCUUGGACCGGCUCUGUGUAAUCGUAUAACUGUGUUGUCUUAUUUGGACUACAAUAUUUGAUUGUAUAUUAUUUUGUUUAUUCAUAAAUAUAUUUGUGUCGAUCUAGAUUCUCCGGCUUAUUCGUCUCGUGAACUUCUGCUGUUGGUGAGCAUCCCCACCGUCAUCAUCCUGGUCAUCAUCUCUGCUCUAUUAGGUAAACUGUCCACCUCAUUCCCAGGAGAUCUGGACUCAUUUGACCAUGAAUACAGAAAAUUAUGUAAACAUACUUUGAGUACGUUAGAUAAAGACAUCAUCUCGUUUUCUUUGCAGCUGUUGUAAGUGCCUUUUUGUAACAUUGAACAUGUUUGUCCAUCAUUUAGAAAUCCUUUUUAUGAUAUCUUUGAGCUCUAAAUGAAAGACCAGCUACAGUUCUUAUGAAUGAAUUAAUCAAUUUAAUUAAACUCAAAAAUAUUAGCUUAAAUCAACAGCAAAGUGUAUGCAGGACAGGAGACAUCAAUCAUCGUUAUCUGUAAUAGGGGAAAAAAAUCUUAUCUUGUACAGAAAUCACACAGUUUGUGUGUUUUCCUCAUUUAUGCUGUUAUCUUUCAAUUACACAACCUCAGUAUAACUAUCUGAAUAAUCUAACCUUAAUUCUUUCAGUUCAUAACAAUUUAGUUUGGUACUAAAUGGAUUUUAAAUAGACCUCAGUGAGCACGCAUAUUGAUGGCAUAUUAACUGCAGUUAUCGCAGAAGUCAGGACUCUGGCCAGACCUCAUUUUGUGGGAAUAUUUGGUAAUUAUAAAAACGCGGAUAACAUCUUUCUUAAUGUGUUUUACUUAUUUACUCUGCCAGCUAUAUAAGGGAUGAAUAAUGAAAUCCAAAAACAGGCCAAAAGUGACCUGACAGGGAAUAUGUUUAUUGGGACUUUGGGGGGUUUUAGCUCUGUGAUUUGAUUCUUUCCUCUUUUUAGUCAAGUUCCUGGUAUUCCCAUCUGCGUUAAGUGAAUCGCCGCCUCCUUGUGGUGUGAAGGGGAACUGCAGCGUCCCAACACCGCUGCCUUUUUUGCCUAAAAAUCCAGUGAACCAGACUGGAAACAUCACUGCAGGUACUAAAAAAUAACAAAACUAUGAAGAUAAGAGCAUUUAGGAUUGUUUUAUAGAGUAAAUCUGAUUUUCCCCUGUUAAGAAAAUGAUUAGAUAUUGCUCUGUUUCACCUAGAGGUAUCGCAACCAUCCCCAGAUAAUUACUCCCAAAUUAAUCUGUUAAUUUAAUCUUUGCAGACUGUUAUACAGAUGAUUUUAAUGACUGUUUUACUGCAUGUGUUUGUAUCUUCUGCUGACUCCUCAUUCAUUCCCUCUUGUUCCUGUCGCACAAUCAGGCUGUCCAGUUCCCGUCAGCGAUGGCCGCCGUAUUGUUGGGGGAACGCUGGCUGCUGAGGACAAGUGGGGAUGGCAGGUCAGCAUGCACUGGAGGGGGAAACACGUCUGUGGAGGUGCCAUCGUCUCCCCACACUGGGUCAUCACUGCGGCUCACUGUUUUGUUGAGUAAGAAAAGGGCAUGGGGGGAAAGAAAAGUUAGAAAGAUGGGUGAAUUAGCUUUUUUUUAAAGCUCCUGUGAGGAAAUUUCUCAUUGUGAUGAUUUUGGUGCCCCCUGUGGACAAACUGAAGCCUCUUAAAUUUUUUUUGGUCUUGAUCUGAACAACUUUAAGUCUUUUUUUCUUUCAAACUUACUUUAUAAAAAGGCUGUGUCUUCAGCCCCCUAAUCUGACUCCUACCCUUUUCCCAACAACACAGAAACUGGUAGUCUUGUUGCAUUUAAUCUGGUUUAUUUUGGUUCCUCAUAAAGAAACAUCUGUCCUUAUUUCAGUCUGUUUCACAACUAGAUGAAAACCCCUCACAGGAGCUCUGCAUCUUAAAAUAAUUGAAUAUCCCUGAGUCACAUUAAUAUGAUUUGGACUCAAAUGCAGGUUGUACAGGCGGUUUUUCCUGAUGCUGACAAAUGAAAACAAACAUCUCUAAAUCAAAUCACCUCGGAGCCUUGGCAGUAAAUCUUUCAGGGAUUAAAAAAGUGGAAUUUAUGGGCAAGUGCAAAGUUUUGGGAAUCAUUUUAGUGCCAAAAAUAAAACAGAUGUAAUCCUUUUUUUCCCUUUCUUGCCUCAAUAAAAAAUCAUACACCCCUCCAUUACCUAUUUUUCCUCCCUUAUCUACUCAUAUGUGUAUAAUUCAGUUUUUGGUGCCCCUUUGGACAGAGCAGUCUUUGCUUAUCCUUGUCCUUUACAUGCUUUCAUUUAUUAUGAAUAUAUGAUGUGGAAAUUAAAAAAAAACAUGGCAGAUUCCUCAGCUGCUUAACUGAUACCCCUCGUACACAUUAAAAAUCACAAUAUAAAAACCAGCAGUCCUGUUGCUGAUGGUCUUGUUCAAUUUCGAUUCCCAUAAAAAGGCAUCAGAAUGAAUUUCAGUUUGUUUCAUAAAUGUCAAAAAACUCCACACUAGAGCUUUAACUGAUCUAAUAUAACAAAGCAAUCUAAAAAGCCCCGAGACAUGAGGAUUAGAGUUUCAAGUUUUGUGAGUCUGUCUAUUAAUUUGUUUCAUGUUUUAUAAAAGGCUGAUUUUGUGUCUUCCUGGCUCGCAGUAAAGUCGCCCCAUGAUGUCAGAUUUUAACAGAUGAUCUGUGAUAAACUCGGAGAUCUCACCGUUCUCAUUACAUGUAACAUUUAUUAUUUAUUACACUGCCCUGCUGCGUGUCCACAGUCCUCACGAGUGGAGGCCUGUAAUCAAAACAAAAUUUGUUAUUACAAUUUUGUGUUCUGAUCUAAUCAGGUUAAAGUCAAGAGUGGACACAAGAAUAAUCCGAGGCAAUUCAGAGCAUCCAGCAGGGUCUUUUCUGUGUUCUUCUUGUAAAAUAACGAGCCUGUUUGCAGGGCUCUCCACCACUCUUGAACAUUCAAAUUGGAUUUUAAGCAAUCAGAUGUUUUAGCACCACUUCAAACUAAAAGCAGCUCAUUAAACUGCUCAAAGACCCAAAAGACAACUAAUCUGAUUUGUGUUCAGUUUGGUUAUAAAUGGAUAUUUAAGUGCUCUACUGACAAUUCAGAGUAAAUUUGAUCAAUGUAAUGACCCUGAAUGACUGUGAUUAUGUGCUGGAGUAGGGGAGACUGGGGCUUGUUGUCACACUUUUUACACUCUUGUAUAUAUCUUGAAAUCAAUACAUCAUAUAUAAACAAAAUGUGUACCAGAUGAAAGACUAAAGUCUCAGGUAUAUAUUUUUUAUUCAUGUCAUUUUCAUAUCAUGUGUCAGUGCAAAGUUAUAAGAAAUCAAAUAGAGAGUGUGAACAUGUGACAUGUUGCCCCACCAUCGGGUAAGUUGUCUCACUACAUGGGGUAAGAUGUCACAGUGGAUUUUGCAGCUAAUAAAACAAGGACAAAAUUAUUACUGUUUUCAUUUUUUUUACAUGAAAGUGAACAUCAAAGUCAGGCACAGAAAAUGUUUAUCAUUGAGCUAGAAAAAGUAAUUGAACUAACAUUAACAUGGAAUAUUAUGCUACAUGCUCUGGAGUUUGGAGAGCUGUCUGACUCUGUAUUUCAGCUGGGGUGAAUGUUUUGCAGUACAGAGCCAAGGUAUAGUAGUUGACAUUAAAGUCCUUUAUUGUCCUCCAGAUUGAUUUAUUAGCUAGGGUCACCUGCCUGACUGUCCUCAGCAUCACGUCAGGUACUGCUCUACCACGUUCUGUUUUUCUUUUGAAAUUCCUGACCAUAUCUUCUCACUUUCUCCUCUUCUUUAAACCACUCUUUUUUUCUGUUAAAAUACUGUCAAAAUCUCAUUACGACAACUGCUGAUUAACAGACUCUCUAUGUUAAUUCUAAUCCCCUUUAAACAUGUGACAACUAACCCCAAAAUGACUGAGACAUGUUUUAGCUUAAAGUUAGCUUAAAACAGAACAAUGACUGAGGUAUAACAGGAUGCCUUAAUCUCUCCUCUAACAAGUCCACAUGUAUCACUGCUAGGAUUUUUAUCUAGUAAAAGCUUAUUUUAAAAUAUAUAAUGUUAAAUUUUUUUACUUUGGGUUGUGUAAAAUGGUUAACUGGCGCUCAUCUCAGCUCACAAUGUGAGACAGACAGGACACGACCCCUGACCAUGGAAAGGAAGAAAACUAGUAUUCCACUUUUUAGUUGUGCGCUCUGGUGGCAAAGAUAAUUGUAAUGUGACAAUUUACCCAUGUGACAACAAGCCCCGGUCUCCCCUAUAUACAUCAAAUGUACCAAAUUUAAAGAGUCAUUUCUUGCUGCUCUGAUUUGCAAAUAUUGUAAGAUGCUCAGUUUCACUACCUCUUAGUGUCCUGGAUACAACAUAUUUUUCUUAAAUGUGAUAUGACUUAUUUAUCUCUAGGAUUGCAUCAAGAGUUUUGAGCUUAUAGUUGGAAAAAAAAUUGUUGGAACCUGACAGAGACCCAAAGCUGAUAAAUAACAAAUCGUACAGGCAACACAUAGCUCAAGUGAAAACAACAUCAGCAUGGUUCACGGUCUCUUGCAGUGAACUCAAACAGGCUCUGGUGUGUACACCCUUGACUCUCACUGUGAUUCAUUUUGCUGUUUGUACAGGAACAACAUGCUGGAAGCUGCUGACUGGCUGGUGGUGGUGGACACAGUCAGCAUCGCAGACAGCUCCCUGGGGAAGCGACACAGAGCGCUGCAGGUUCUCCACCACCCUCGCUUCAACAAAUACAACAACGACUACGACGUGGGACUGCUGCGCACCAUCACUGACAUGGACAUGACAGGUGAGAGGAGGUGGCUCCAUCUAGAGGCAAAAUGGCUGAAUGGAUCAUGUACUUUACAACACCUCACCAAUAAUUAAUAUUAAGUGCCUUUUACCUGGUAAGGGACAGAUAACAGAUGGUUUUCAGUUGAAAUGAUGGGGUUGAAGUUGACAGUUUAAGAGAGCUGUCAAACAAACUGUAAAUGGCCACUUAGAAAUGGUUUAUAGUUGAAGUUAAUAUUGUGUAAAACCCUGACACCUUUAAAGAUUUAUUAAAGCUGCAGUGUGAGUAGUAAUACAACACCAAACUCCUGAAGCUACCUGAUUGCUCAGUCUGCUCUUUUUUCCCAGAGUUCAUGUAAGAGCGGUCAGCGGUCAGACUAUCUUGGAAUAAAAAUUAACUCCUGAGGAAAUUACCUCUUACUGCAAUAACCGAAUGUGGGUCAGCCAAUGACUAACCUCAGACCUGCAGGACAUGCCAAGUGAGCACACAGGUCUGCCACUGGUAUUUCAAGGUAUUUUCCACUGUGUUGAAUAACACAUGAAAGUCCCUGUCUGACCCAGAAGAGUGGCUGCAGGAGGAAGUUUUGUAGUAGUUUUAAUGCAUCUGCAUCACUGCAUUUGCAAUGAGUAUACCAGCAUUUAGUACAAAAAUUAGUUAUAUUAUGGAUUUAUUUGAAAAACAAAGUCCUUAAAAUGUCAAUCUUGUGAAUUUAACCCCCGAUACCGAUUUAUUUCCGAUAUUUAUAUAUGAAUGUGAAACUAGAGUCUAAUACAGAGUUAAGUACAAUUAUCUUGUUUUGUUUUGCUUUUAAAAGCACUCUGAGAGAUUUCUUUAAAUCAGUAUAAACAAGUCUGACACAUUUCACAGGUUUAUGAAAGAAAUCAAGUGGAAUUUUUUUUUAAAUGAGUUUCCCAGCUAUCACAUGUUCCACAUUUUUAUGUCUUUAUUCUUCCUGCAGUGAAUGUAACAUUGCGUGUCAGUGCGGUCACUGCCCUCUGUUUGUAGGUGGAGUGAGACCAGUUUGUUUACCCAGCCCGGGCGAGUCCUUCCCUCCUGGAUCAACUUGUUGGAUCACAGGAUGGGGUUAUCUUCAUGAAGGAGGUGUGAUACACCAACACAACAAACAACAAAUGCAGUAAAAUAACUAACGUCUUAUUUGUGUCCAAAGGGUUGUUAAAAAGCCAACAAUAUGAAGUCAUUAUUGGGCUUUGUGGCUUCGUCUGAGUCUUUUUAAAACCGAUAAAAAAAGUCACUUUGUCCUAAACUCUGAAAUUAGAUACACUCAAGUCAUUGUUACCAUCUUCUUAUUCUUUCAUUCCUAUUUUCUGCUCUAAUUUCAGGUUAUGUGACAGACGAGCUGCAGCAGGCUCAGGUCAAGUUGAUCUCUCAGUCUGUCUGCUCCCACUCCAGCAUGUACGGCUCGUUCCUGACUCCUAGGAUGGUCUGUGCUGGAUCCAUCGACGGGGGAGUGGACUCCUGUCAGGUAAACAACAGUAAUAUACAAUCAAAAACAAGAAUAAAGUGAUAUAAAUAUCAUUAUCAAGCCUUAAAAGUGAAAAAAAGGGUCUGUGUCUGUUUCUUUAAGUCACCACUAAGUCUGAUGUGCGCUCUACUACAUGGUCCUGUUUUCAGGGCGACAGCGGGGGACCUCUGGUUUGUGAGACAGCAAGUGAAGACUGGAGGCUGGCAGGUGUGGUGAGCUGGGGCGAGGGCUGCGGUCGGCGUAAUAAACCCGGGGUGUACAGCAGAGUGACCAAACUGAUCCACUGGGUCCAAAAACACAUAGAGGUAGUUCAUAAAGUGAUGUCUCUCUCUGUUCCUGUCUGUCUGUUAUUGACUGGACACUUUACUCUCUGACCUGUGUUUACUCUGCCGCAUGAUAUUGUAGCUACAGCUGUAGUGAUCGCUGUGUCAACAGAUUAUUUGCUCUCAGAAUAAAAACAGAGUUGAUAUCAAGGGAAAUGUUUUUUUUAUAAUAAAUCGAGGGAGACCUUUUUUUUUUUUAAUUUCAGUCAUAAAGCAGGCUAUAUGGACAAAAAGAUGUCUUAUAACUUGUGUUAAAUAAAUAUUUUGCACUAUUUUAGUACCACCAUUGUUAUAGAAACCACACUGUUGAUGCACAAAAAAAAAAAAAAGUUUAUUUCCAAACUUUACAGAAUAACAAGAGAGAUAUAAAUCACAAAGAAGAGAUGGAGGCCUGACUGAUUUGUUAUACUUUUAUGGAUAAUUUAUUGGUGACAGGCCCUCUAAAUAUACAAUACAUUUCAAAACAUUGACUUUUAAUUAAUACUGGAGUUUUCCUCUCUUUGUUUUGAUAAAGGAGAAACCAGAGCAACAGGAGGAGACCACCACAGCCAUGACUGACACCUCUCAGAGACCAGAUACCUAAUAAACGAUUAAAAAACAGUCA